AUGGACGACGUGAUUUACUUUCCGUCGCCUACUGCAGACGAUGAGUGGGGGGCGUUGGUGGACGGCUUUGCUGGGAAAAAUUCCGAUUUUCCAGAUGUGGCAUGUGUAUUUGAUGGCACUCUAAUACGGACUAGAAGACCCAACGACCAUCAGGGCUUUUACGACAAGAGCGGCAAGCCAUCUUAUAAUUGUUUGGCUGCGAUUGAUUUCCGCUACAAGUUCCGGUACAUUGGCGUUUUCAGUGGCAGUAACUCCGACCAGUCAAUGUGGAAUCAGUCUGUGGUACUUGGUGCUCGGGCUCGUGAUAUUUGUCCUCCUGGAGUGAAUUGGCUGGGUGAUGCGGGCUUCAAGUUUUUCAAUUAUCAUCUCUCUCAGACACGAAUCAUUGUUGAGCGCGUAUUUGGAAAGCUGAAAGCACGUUUUAAGGAUGAUAUGUUCUGCUGCGGUGCUGCACAACAUAUUGAUCGAUAUUGGCGACAAGCAGUUCAAAGGUGUGAGAGAUAUUGA